AGAGGAGGGAUAGAGUUGUGAUGGACGAGAACAAGGAAAAGCCUCAACCGGCAAAGGCCACCAUGAGAAGAGCCCUACUCGUUCUAAAUUGCGUCAUUUUAUCUAUAGGAAACUGCGGUGGCCCUUUAAUAAUGCGCCUCUACUUCAUACAUGGAGGCAAACGCGUUUGGCUUUCUAGCUGGCUGGAAACCGCCGGUUGGCCCAUCAUUUUCAUUCCUCUCCUCAUAAGCUACUUCCACCGUCGCUCCACCACCGAUCCCACCACCGCUAAACUCUUCUACAUGAAACCUUCUCUGUUUCUCGCGGCCACAGGAAUCGGAAUCCUCACCGGCUUCGAUGACUAUCUUUACGCUUACGGAGUUGCACGUCUUCCUGUUUCAACUUCUUCUUUGAUCAUCGCAACGCAGUUGGCUUUCACGGCUGGCUUUGCUUUUCUAUUAGUUAAACAAAAGUUCACUUCUUAUUCUAUAAACGCUGUCGUUUUACUGACAGUCGGGGCUGGCGUGUUGGCUUUACAUACGAGCAGUGACCGGCCUGAGCAUGAAUCAAAGAAAGAGUAUAAUUUAGGGUUUGUGAUGACUUUAGGAGCUGCGGUUUUGUACGGGUUGAUUUUGCCGUUGGUGGAAUUGACGUACAGGAAGGCAAAGCAAGAAAUAAGCUAUACUCUCGUGAUGGAGAUUCAGAUGAUCAUGUGUUUGUUUGCUACUGUCGUUUGCACCGUAGGAAUGCUCGUCAACAAUGAUUUCAAGGUAAUUCCAAGAGAAGCAAAAGAGUUUGAACUUGGAGAAACGAAGUAUUAUGUGAUAAUGGUGUGGAGUGCAAUCAUAUGGCAGUGCUUUUUCUUGGGAGCAAUAGGAAUCGUGUUUUGCGCCUCCUCUUUGGCAUCAGGCGUCGUAAUCGCUGUUCUUCUUCCAGUGACAGAGAUCCUAGCCGUCAUUUUCUACCAAGAGAAAUUUCAAGCAGAAAAAGGGGUAGCUCUUGCACUUUCUCUUUGGGGCUUUCUUUCUUACUUCUAUGGUGAGAUAAAACAGAGCAAGAAAACGAAUCUUACUUCAGAAAUAGAAACAUCUGAAUCUUCCAUUCCAACACAAAAUGUCUGAAUAUAUGUAAUACGCUAAAUUGUCAAAUUAUGAUCUGAAUUUAAUUAUCCUGCAUGAAAUAUACGCAGUACCUAAUUUCUUCUCUAUAUUCGCUAGUGUCGGAAUGAAAUGUUGGACAUAACCGGAGAAUAAAAUUUCCAUUUCAAUUGGCUCAA